AUGGGAAAACUAAUAAAGAAGGGCCAAACUCUCAUGGCACACUUAUUCUUGGUGCAAGCAGUAGCAGCAAAAGAGGAGGAGCCCAUUGAUUCCUCCAUCCAUACAGUAUUGAUCACCUAUCAGGAUGUGUUUGGUUUGAGAGGCUUUCUGGGAUUAACAAGCUAUUACAGAAAAUAUGUGCUCAAUUAUGGAGUUAUUACUAAACCCUUGACUGAUUUUCUUAAGAAGGAAGCCUUCAAGUGGAAUGAGGAAGCUACAACUACCUUUGAAACUCUGAAACAAGCCAUGAUCAAAACCCCAGUCUUGUGUUUAACUGAUUAUUCGCAAGACUUUAUAGUGGAGACUGAUGCUAGAUAG